CCAAUGCGGCCUAUUAUUAGCGAUGCAAUACCGCGCUCCAGCGGCGUAACUUUACCUGAACGACCCAAAUUAGGCGCGUAAGCGCAGCGCCGCCCAGGCCGCCCGCCCGCCUUCCACACCUACCGGCAUUCUUUGCGCGAAACGCACGCAUUCGGAGGAAGCCAGCAUCGCUAACAUUCGUGCUUGUUGAGCAAUAAAGUGAUAAGUUAAGCGAGCACAAUGCCUUUCAAACCAGCAGACAACCCCAAGUGUCCGAAAUGCGGCAAGUCCGUAUACGCAGCCGAGGAGAGAGUAGCCGGUGGACUGAAGUGGCACAAGAUGUGCUUCAAGUGCGGACUGUGCCAGAAGUUGCUGGACUCCACCAACUGCUCAGAACACGAAGGUGAACUGUUCUGCAAAGUAUGCCACGCGCGCAAGUUCGGUCCCAAGGGCUACGGCUUCGGCGGUGGCGCUGGCUGCCUUUCCAUGGACGCUGGUGAACACCUGAAGGCUGAAGAUGCGGGUGUAAGGACAAACGGAGCGUGCCUGGAACCGCGUGUCAUCGCGAAGGCUCCACCCGGCGAAGGAUGCCCGCGUUGCGGCGGUUACGUCUACGCCGCCGAGCAAAUGUUGGCUCGCGGAAAGGCGUGGCACAGGGAGUGUUACAAGUGCGGCGACUGCCACAAACGGCUGGACUCUACGAACUGUUGCGAAGGCCCUGACAAAGACAUUUACUGCAAAGGAUGCUACGCACAAAGAUUUGGUCCUAGGGGUAUUGGACAUGGGGGUAUGUCAUCCCUGGGUCUUAUGUGUGAUAUAAAGGACAUGGAGUGGCAAAGUGAUCAAGCUCCUAAGACCACACUGAUCGACACCGCGUCUAUCAUGGCUCCCCCCGGCAAGGGUUGCCCGCGGUGCGGCGGUGUUGUGUUCGCCGCUGAACAGGUGUUAGCCAAGGGUCGCGAGUGGCAUCGCAAGUGCUUCAAGUGUCGCGACUGUACUAAGACACUGGACUCCAUCAUCGCUUGCGACGGACCCAACGGCGAGGUCUACUGCAAGACCUGCUACGGCAAGAAGUGGGGACCCCACGGCUACGGUUUUGCUUGUGGCUCAGGAUUCCUUCAGACCGAUGGCUUGACCGAGGACGAGAUCUCGGCCAGCCGUCCCUUCUAUAACCCAGACACAACUUCCAUCAAGGCGCCUAAAGGACAGGGCUGCCCACGUUGCGGAGGCAUGGUCUUCGCUGCCGAACAACAACUGGCAAAGGGAACCAUGUGGCACAAGAAGUGCUUCAACUGCGCGGAAUGCCACCGGCCGCUGGAUUCGAUGCUGGCGUGCGACGGGCCCGACAAGGAGAUCCACUGCCGCGCCUGCUACGCCAAGCUCUUCGGGCCCAAGGGCUUCGGCUUCGGCCACGCCCCCACCCUCGUCUCAUGCGACGCCGAGCCCUCUGUUACAUACACUGAACAGUUACCAUUCACGGGACAGAAGGCUGCUAAGGGUCAAGGCUGCCCACGCUGUGGUUUCCCAGUCUAUGCCGCUGAACAGAUGCACUCCAAGAAUGGCACAUGGCACAGAAGGUGCUUUUCAUGUGCGGACUGCCAUAGAUCUCUUGAUUCCACAAACUUGAAUGACGGACCCAAUGGUGAAAUCUACUGCCGAGGCUGCUACGGCAGGAACUUCGGGCCCAAGGGUGUAGGUUUUGGAAUGGGCGCAGGCACAUUGACGAUGGCGUAAAUAAUUUACUAUAAAGCUGGACUUUGUAGGAAUUAAGUGUGAACGGUAGCUUGAAAGGAAUUUAAUCUAUUUUAACAGUGCUGCCUGUCUUUUGAUCAUACCAUUGAUUAAACUGGAUUUAAUAAUGGUUGAUACUAUCCAAUGAGACUAAUAAGUAAUAGAUUUUAAUUAAAUACAAUUGUGUAAGUGCAGAUAUUUUAUGGAAUGAAGUUAUAAAUUAAAGGUUACAUUCCUUUCAUAUAUGUACAAAUUGUGAUGAAUGUGUCUGAGCCCUUAGUUUAUAUAUUCGUCAUAAAAUAUUAGUUUUGUAAGAUAAAUAGACUUAAAGUAGGAACGUAAGUAAUAUAAACAAAAUACACAAGAAAAUAUUUAAAAAGUAAAAAAAAAUCGAACAAUUCUAAAAGUAAACAACGGCAUUGUGACUACCUUCCAACUUCACGCACGUGAGAUGGAGGUAGAACAACUAUCCUGUAAACGCGGACAAGAUUGCCACUGAUGCAAUCGUUUCGACCGACCAGGUCUUUUUUUAAAGAUCUGAAGUGUCUAUACAUAUUUUUAUACACCAAAGAAUUUUGUAUAUAAUUUUGUCAUAAUAUUUCUUCGGCACGAUAAGCUGUGCUAAAGUAAUUCCUAACUUUAAUAUGCUUGAAGCUUUUGCUAUGUAACAUGCACGUAAAGUAAAUUUUUAUAAUUAAACAAUAAGACAGCUUAUAGCAUAUGACAAUUUAAUGGACGAAAAUUGUAUAUUUUAUCAUUUUUAUUUAAUAAAUUUAUAAUUUGUAGAAUAA